AUGGAAGAUUCCCGGCUGCAGCGUGAAGGUGUGCAAGCGCGCGGCGGCGACGCGUGUAGCCGGCGCGUUCCAGGCCACGCCAGCAUAUUUGCAGCUCAGCAGUGCAGGCCAGCGAGCGCGCGUGGGGCCAGCUUUGACUGGCGCUGCCUACAAAGCAGGGCAGGUAAUGAGGCGUGCCGGCUGCGGCCGUGGCCGCCCUCCUGCUACCUGCGCAAAAGCCACGCCCGCCAGCGGCGGCGGCCGCCACGGCGCGACAACUUUGCUAAUUUCGUCCCGCCGCCACACUACGCGGUGACGCGGUCCGCGGCGUUCUUCCUGGCGGCGGCGGCGCUGCUGCUGCUGGCCGAGGUGUGCGUCCUCGCGGGGCACUGCGCCCGACACCGCCGCCUCUGCACCUUCGUCUCGGGCGUCAUCUGCAUCGUCGCCGGUCUGCUGAUGCUGAUCGGGCUGGUGAUGUACAUCUCGAUCUUCAAGGCGGAGAUCGGCAGCAAGCUGCGGCCGCGGUCGCAGCUGCAGCCGCCGCUGUUCACGUACCGCUACGGCUUCAGCUUCCUGCUGGUGGUGUCGGGCUUCAUGGCGUCUGAGACGGCGGGCACGUGCGCCGUCUUCCUCUACAUCUUCUGGCAUCAGCUGGAGUGGGGCCGCAAGCGCCACGACCUGCACCGGAAGCUGUCCGCCUCCUCGGCGCUGCUGCUAAACAAGAUGUACGACGGCGAUCAAUCAUGGUGCUCAACCCUAAUUGUCGUGACGCUACUUUGUCUCAAGUUUUCACUUCAAACUGUGCCAUUCACCUCCGUCUUCCUCCAUUCUCAGCAGCGACGUGUGCAGGUGAUCCCGCACCGGCGCUACAUGCUGGAGUCCGGCCGCGGGCUCGGCGGGGGCAGCACGUCGCGGCUGCCGCCCCCGGAAGACCACUGCCGGUCGCCGCCGCCGCCGCCGCCGUGCCUCAGCCGGUCGCACCAGGACCUGCGCUCCGCGGGCGGCUGCUUCCACGCGCCCGUGCCCGCCCCCCACCGCUACCACGCGCACGUCGACGACGACUGCGGUCCCACGCCCCCUCCGCCUCCGACGUUGCAUCACCACGGCCACCACCAUCACCAUCACCACCAUCAUCACCAGCGAGAGCUUUCAACUUCAAGCCGUUCGUCGUCCUUCUUCCCGCGUGACGCGACUACGAACACGGUGUCGACGACUGCGGACAUCAACUCCUGCGCCGGCGACGAAGACGACGCAGAAGGCAGUGGGACACCUGGGGUGGUGUGCACUGCCGCCGGGCCCAAUGGCGUCUCCACCGACGACGACGACGAUGACGAGUACUCGCCGUCGCUGCAACACGAAUUCGUCACGUUCGACUUGGACGACACGCAGCCGCAGCUGCAGCCGGCGCCGCAGCGAGUCAUGGUCGACGAGCAGCAGCAAACCACCGUGUCGGCGCUGCGGCCCAGAGGGGACUUCGGGUUCGACACUCUGCGUAGGACUACUCCCGUGUAGCCACCGGCGAACAUUGCUCUUCGUCUGCAGUGUAGAGGGACUAGCGGUCGAGACGCUAUACCUCGGCCUUGACGAAUUCGCUUCUCUCAACUUUACGUGAGCAGGAAAAACCCUAGGUAGAUCUGAGGACCAAACUGCAACUAGUGUCGUUGCCUAUCACACAAAAUGUACACUCGGAGAACGACGUCACAUUUACACACGACACAUGUUAACUCUCGGAUAUGCGGAUUACAAGCGUUGUAAGUAGUCUGCAAUAUCUGCAACAAAACACUUGUCAUACAGGGUAAGCUUUUGCGACCUAGAGUCCGAGUCGGUGAAGUACUUUUGGCGCGUAACAGUGUCAUGGCAUAAAAUGCAGUGAUAGUUGUAUAUUUACAACUGGACAGCUUCUCCACCAAUAGUCAAAUAACAAUAUCGAUCAGUCUAAAAAAUCAGAUUAUACAAAUGGGAAGCCGGAGAGCAAAUAUUUUACUACUGGGGUACUUGUUUUCACAAUUAAAUCGGUUUUCAAUAGCAAAUCAUAUGAAAGCUUCUGCAAUGACGAAUCGCUUUCGUAAUCGUUUCCUAGUGUCGUUUGGCAUCGGGCAGUAUUUUUCCGUUCACAGCGACGUUCGAUUUGCAGUCGCUGGCAACCUGGUCAGUGAUGCUAUAGCCGUUCUCGAGGUUUUUACUGGGAGCCCGCUUGACGUAUACUGCACCCUCUCUAAGCUUUCUCGUUGUGAUAAGUCGCUCCUUAGCGUGAAACUAGUUUCUCUAGAAUGUGUGGGCCUGCAGCUUUCAUCUGGGUGUUCUAAU